AUGUGUAAAUUUACUAUUUUUUAUUUAUUAUUAUUAGCAGCUGUGCUGCAAAUAGCUUUAGCAUUAAAAGAAGGCGAAUGUGAAGUUUGUGUGAAAACUAUAGAAAAAUUCGCAGCCACGUUAACAGAUACCGUUAAAAAAGAUCCGAAAUUAAUUGAAGCAGAGUUUAAAAAAUUCUGCAAGGUUUCUAAGAACAAGGAAAAUCGGUUCUGCUACUAUUUAGGAGGCUUGGAAGAGUCAGCAACCGGCAUACUAGGAGAGCUCUCAAAACCUCUGAGUUGGUCAAUGCCUGCUGACAAAAUUUGUGAAAAGUUAAGGAAGAAAGAUGCACAGAUUUGUGAUCUCAGGUUUGAUAAGCAGAUUGAUUUAAAUAAUGUGGACCUUAAGAAGCUAAAGGUCAGAGAUUUGAAAAAAAUUCUUAAUGAUUGGGAUGAGGCCUAUUCCAAUAAUAGUAAA